AUUCCUUUAAUUUAGCAGGUUUUGAAAAAAAAAAAAAAGGAACCCAAUACAGUUGCCUAAAAUAUUUUGAUUGAUUGAUCAGUUUUUCUUAACAUUUAUUGCAAUACCAUGCACACACACAAAACCAUAUAUAUUAAAACCUCUGUCAAAUUAAUUAACAAUUAUACAAUUAAUAAAAAUUUAUACAUUCAUGUACAUAAAAUAAAUUUAUUUUGAAAUGGUACUUAUAUAAGUUAAUUUGGGUCACUACAAUAUGGCCACUUAUUUAUUUUACAUAAAUUUUUGUACAAACAAAUUUGUGUAAAGUCAUCUAUUCAGAAAAGAGGUGAAGACGUGACCAAAUAUUCUAUAAAUAUAUUGAUUAACAUUUAAAAAAAUCAAUUAUGAACUAUCACACAUGUGGAUACAUAACACUUCUAUUUAUCGAUUCGGUUGACUAGCUCUUCAUCCUCACACAAGUUCAUUUCCAAAAUCUCACUGUCCUGUAACUUAAUAAGAUUUUUUAGGCAACAUGUUUAACAAACGAUUCCAAAAAAUAUACAUAUAUUUAUUGCAACAAAGCCCUGUCAAAUUAAAUAAUAAUUAUCCAAUUAACAAAAAUUUAUAAUUAGAUGAAAACUCGAUUCAUAUAUAUAUACAUAUUUAUGUAUAAAUGGUACUUAAGUAAAUUUGGCUCAGUCUUACAGUACACCACUUAUUUAUUGUGCUUCAUAUGUAAACUGAUUGCUUGUCAAAAUGUAUUUGCACUGCUUUGCUCGACCCACGACCAGUCGUACAACACAGUAAUAAGCAUUGGUGCUAUAAGUGAUAAAUAUGAAACGCUACUCAAAUCGACAAUGUCAUACGGUAGUUUUGGCAAAAUAUCAAAAGCGCUCAACAAUGCGAAAAACUCGAUGACAACGAAUUUCCAAAUUAAAAAUGAAGAAUUCAAUGAUUAUUUAGUUGUUGGAAUAAAUUCAAUCAUCGAAGACUUAAAAACUGAAAAUAAGAUAUUGGAUUUAUGUGAUGAAGUUUAUGAUGUAGAUGUUUGCGUAAUCACUCUAAAAAAUGCAAUGGACAUAAAAUAUUUUUUAAACUCUUUAAUGUCCUAUCAUUUCAAACUACACCUGAAAGGAAACACAGUAUUACAACUUGUACUGAAGAGAAAAGAGGAAGAAGAGACCAAUAUUGAAGAUUAUUAUAAAUUGAAAACAAAAGACGAUAUUGUGUGUUCUUUGAAAAAAUGGCUUUUCAAUAAAAAAUACAACAGGGAACAAUUGAGGCUGUUGCUCCCUGAUGAUGCAAUUUUGUGUGACCUAAAGGAGAAUAUGCUGCGACCAAGUUUACUAACAUUUUCCCACAAAUUUUACAUUCAAAAAGACACAAGUUGUGGGAACAUUUCUCAGAAGAAAGUGAAAAUCCAAUGUGAAUCAAAAGUUUAUGAACUUCAAGUAACAUUGAGAGUAUUGUCAUCUGGUCUAUGCGAGUCUCUUAUUUUUGGAGAAGCACUUAACGUUGUACCAACAGCAUUUUGUCAAGGAGUGUAUGAAGAUGCUCUUCUUAUCAACAAGCAGAAGUUUUAUUCUUUAUGCAUUUCACUUUUAAACAAAGAGGAAUACCUCAUAGCAAAAUUAACAGACGAACCACCCACAGGAUAUUUUGUACUGAUGCCGAGUCACGAUUCUUUAUUAAUAAAACCAAUCGUGUGCCAGGAUCUCUGGUUGCCCGAUGACAAGAGCCGUGAAUUAACACCUCCUCAAGGUGUCUUAAUUGAAAAAAUGGAGCAGUCCUUAGCUCUUGUUGAUAUUGUCCAAGAGUACAAAGUUGGCCUCAACUCCUCAGGGCUUUACACAGCUCUACUGAAAUUCCAUGAAUCGAAAAUUAAGAGAAGUAAAAAGAAUGAGGAUGAAGAUGAUGAUGGGGUGGAGGGUACUAGCAGCUGGGUAACCAUUUCUCAUCCAGCUCUUGAAGACAAACAUCCGUUAAAGAAAUCCAAGAGGAAGUGUCGAAGACCCGACCCUUUAAAAUGCAUUGAGUACAUCAAAAAAUGAAGUUAUUUUUUAAAAA